CCUGGACAAAUUCUGCAUCAAGGCAUUUUAUUAACGCCAUUUAUCCACCAAAAAAGUUGUUUUUUUCAGCAUGAUUCGAAGUCUGGCUUUCGAUUUUAUCAGAUGGAUUUAAAUGUCCCCGCCGCCUGCCGUGUUUUUGGUCUGCACCGUCUCCGCCAAAGCUCGACUUGCUUCGUAAACUAAUCGGAAUCCAACUUCGCCACAUGUUAUAUACAAAAGUACUUGCAGAACAAAAAGAAACAUGCUGCAACGUCACAUAAAGCUGACUUUCCACUUAAAUAACAUACACCAGGGUCUAAUGAAAAUAAAAACAAAAAUGGCCGGCCUUGGAACCAAACCAAACGAGCGAAAAUACCCUGGCUUUUCUCAAGAGAAGGAAGGCAAAUGGACCGGACCUUUCCUUUUUAUUCACGGCGCUGAUACGCAAUUUGGUUUAAAGGAUACCUGGAACAAAGUUCCCGAAGAAAAACGAGAUUGGAAAGACGAAGUAGAGUUAACAAGAGUUGCCAUUAAAGCUGCCAACAACCUUCACCCCAGACCAAGGUUUUUUGUCGUCUGUGGAGAUAUGAUAGAUGCUUUUCCUGGACGGAGAAACUAUGAGGCACAGUUUGAAGAUUUUAAGGCAGUUUUUAAAGAGUUAGAUCCGGAGAUACCAUUAGUUUGUGUCUGCGGCAAUCAUGAUGUUGGCGACCAACCCACAGUUGAGAGCAUUACUAAAUAUAGAAGUAAUUAUGGGGAUGAUUAUUACAGCUUCUGGGUUGGAGGUAGAUUUUUCAAUUUAAUCCAAUUCUUGCACUUGAUGUCGUGGCAGCCAUGUUGGAAGAAUGCUAACAAAAGAAUAUGAUUAGCAGCUAUUGUGUUUGGAGCGUGUUUUCCUCCAACAUUUGCUGCCACCCUGAUGGUCGCCAUAUCUUAUAAAUGUCCAGGAAUUUAUGGCAAAUCACUAAUAAGAGUUGGCCAUUUGCAAGACCUGUUCCAUAAUUGCUUUACCCCCCCCCCCCCCCCUUCUGGCUCCCCCAUUCACCUCAUUGCACAAAUAUGCAAUUGCAGUAUUCCUCGUUAUGUGACCUAAGAUGUCCAUCCAGGCUCAUUUUCAAUCCCUUGUCAAAUAAGUGGGGUUUUUUUCAUAACAUAAGAUUACCAUAACAUUAAACAUUUUCAUUAAUAUAGGCGUGUUCUUUAUUGUCCUAAACAGCCAGUACUAUAAAGAUGGAACUUUGGUGGAAGACGUAAAGAAAGAACAUGAAUUGUGGCUUGAUAAACAAUUGGAACUUGCCAAAACUGCCAAGCAUACAGUUGUUUUCCAACAUAUUCCAUUAUUUUUGGAAAGUGUAGACGAAGAAGAUGGAUACUUCAACCUUUGCAAGAAAGACCGGGAUGAAAUUGUUGGAAAACUAAAAGAUGCAGGAGUAAAGUAUGUGUUUGCAGGACAUUAUCAUAAAAAUGCAGGUGGCUUUGAUGGCAAUUUAGAAAUGGUUGUAACAAGUGCAAUUGGAUUUCCUAUUGGCGAAGAUAAACAUGGAAUGCGUGUUGUCACUGUUAAAGAAGACAAAAUCAUGCAUUCCUUUGAGGAUUUAGAUAAUUUUCCUAAAAGUGUAGAAUUGAAAUAAAAUGUAAUAGAUUAAAUUUGGGGAUUGUGUCUAUUGCAUCAUCAUUUUUGUGAGAAAUUAAUAACACUACACCACAAUAUGUUAGGUGCCAGUGUAGAAUUAAAUUUGUCUGCUUGUGUGUAUGAUUCAACUUCCUGAAGAAUAGGAACGGACUUAGACGAUUGAAGCGAUGGUUGUUGGUCUUGAUUACCGACGCAACUAACUUGCAGAUGAAGGAGUUUCGAAACAUACUCUUAUUCUUCAGGUACUUGCACCAUACAAACAACACCACCAUAAAAAUACUAUACACCACACAUGUUCCUUGUCUUAAGUUCUUUCUAAAAACAGUUGGAGUAGUUUAGACUUUAGAUUUAACCACCAAUACGAAUAUGUUACAAGUUUGUAACUUUCAUCGACGCAAAACUGAGACGCGAUCAAAUGCACUGUCAAAUAAUGAAUUGCAGAGAAUGAAAAAAAAAACUUCAGGAAAAACCUGAAAAUGAUUUAAUAUAGAGCAACUUGCUCUCCGCCUUUAGUUUAGGAAUUCUAACCACUUAAAGAUAUUCCACUGGCAUCAAAAUACUAAAGACAAUACUUGUGUACUAUAACAAUAUUGUACAAUCUUUGCAAGUCCUUAUUUUUACAAGCAUAGCACAGAAAUAAAAACGCCUUGGACCCUGAUGUCAAUAAGUACAAAUAUAGAUCAGUGGACUGAGAAGUGUGAUUCAAUUCCCAUUGUGUAACAUUUUUUCAAUCCUAAAUUCAGGGACUGGCCAUGAGUUAGACCAUAGUUAAGUUAGACCAAGAAACAUUUCGUUCCCCAAGUGUGAUUUUUGUUGCGAAAAAUGUUUCCUGGUUUGCCCACAUUCGGAAAACAAUGUUUCUGCAACAACCUUUCCUCUGCCCUGGGCCUGGGUUCACCUUUCCACUCAGCAUUCCAAGUAAUUUAAUUUCCAUAUGGUUUUCAUUUCUGUGGAUAAGCUGAAGCGAAUUUUUAAGCUAUGGUCUUGCUCUGAUCUUUUGCAGAAAACAGUGCUUAUAUAACUGCACUAUCUCAUCUUUUCAAAUAUACAUAAUACAAAUUUAAAUAAUUAUCUAUAGUAUCUAUAUUGAUCUAAGGCAUUGGCCCUACUUUACUUAUGAGUUCGUCACAGAUCGAAGUAAGUUCUUUGUUUUCGUUUGU